UUGGAUUCUAGUCUAGUAAAUUUGAGUAUAAUUUUCAAAUUUAUGUAAAUUCCACAUUCUUGUUGCAGAUUCCGUGGAAGAAUAUUUGACCAGAUCGAAGAAUGAUAUUGAGGACCGAUGGAAGGAGACGGGGAAUAGUAAUGCGAGCAUCACGGAUUUCACAAUCAUUAAAAAUCUUGGCGAAGGGUCAUUCGGUCUUGUGAAACUUGUUGAACACAAGCAAACUCGACAAUUUUACGCAAUGAAGAUGCUUAUCAAAGCAAAAGUUAUCAAGUUAAAGCAGGUUGAACAUACUAUGAAUGAGAAGAAGGUAUUAUCCAUUAUCAGCCACCCGUUCUUGGUCAAUCUCAAGUACCAUUUCAAGGAUCCCAUCAAUUUGUACAUGCUCAUGGAAUUCAUAAACGGAGGUGAAAUGUUUUACCACUUACAGAAACAGCGCAAAUUCAGUGAACCCUUGACCCGAUUUUUUGGAGCCCAAGUCGUCCUCGCAUUUGAAUACUUACACUAUCUGGAAAUUUUAUUCCGCGAUUUGAAACCAGAAAACAUCCUAAUUGAUGCCCACGGAUUUCUUAAAGUGACGGAUUUUGGCUUUGCGAAGCGUGUCAAAGGAAGAACUUGGACCCUGUGUGGCACACCCGAGUAUCUUGCGCCGGAAAUCAUCAUGGCGAAAGGGUACGGUGGGGCUGUUGACUGGUGGGCGGUGGGGGUCCUCAUUUACGAAAUGGCUGCGGGACGCUCCCCCUUCUGUGCAGAUCAACCGAUUCAGAUUUAUGAAAAAAUUGUCGCCGGAAAGGUCAAAUUCCCUUCUCAUUUUGGAGACGAUAUUAAGGACCUAGUCCGAAAUUUACUGCAGGUGGAUCUCAGUAGACGAUUUGGUAACCUCAAGAAUGGAGUGCAUGACAUAAAAAACCACGCUUGGUUUAAGAGUACAGACUGGAACACUAUUUUCCAUCGAAAAGAAAUCCCUCCGUGGAAGCCAGACGUCUCUAAUGCCGGAGACUCCCGACAUUUUCAACCAUUCGACUCUGAAAUUGCUAAAGAAGAAUCAAAACAGAAAGCUGUGGAAGAUUACGACAAAUUUUUUGCGGAUUUCUAAUGCUCUCAUUAUCAUCAUCAAUUAAUUAAUAAAGUCGUCGAUACACAUGUCGUAUGCUGCUCAUGUAAGUAUGUAUUUGUGUAAAGUUCAGAAUUGCACUCGAUAUUGCAGGAAAUUUUAUUACUGUCGGAUUUGACUGUGUGCUAAUAAUAAAUGAUGAUAAGUAUAA